GGCUGCAGCAGCAACAGCAUCAGCAGCGGCGGCAGCAUCUUCUCUUCCCCCCCUCGCAGCCUCGCGUCUCGACUCCCUUUUCAACCCUCCUCCCCUCCAGUCUCCUUCCCUCUCUUCUCGUCUCCUCUCCCACCACCACCGCGCCACCUACCCUCGCCGCAGCGGCAGCCGCGGUUUUAAUGAAAAGUAGCACUUGUUAAAGCUACUAGUUUUGUUAGAAAAUCUAACAUGGGGUCAGGAAACCUGAUGAUGAAGAAGGUGGUGAGGCCCAGCUCUUUUGAUUUCGACAUACAGCUUGAUAAAAGUUGGACAGAGGAUGUUACUUGCCCAAUCUGUCUUGAUUACCCUCACAAUGCUGUCCUGCUAAGAUGUACAUCUUAUGAGAAAGGUUGCAGGCCAUUUGUCUGUGAUACAGAUCAAACCCGCUCAAACUGUCUUGAGAGGUUUAAAGGUGCAUAUGAGCUCCCUGCCAAUAUGAAAGUUUCAACCAUUGCGGUGGCUCCUCUUGAUAGUAUCCAUAUUGUGGCUCCUAAUGUGAACAACCGCCCAAGCUGCCCAUUGUGUAGAGGAGAUGUCAUUGGAUGGAUUGUUAUCGGUGAGGCUCGUCUACAUCUUAACCAGAAGAAAAGAUGCUGUGAAGAGGAUUGUUGUUCAUUCGUUGGCAACUUCAAUGAACUUCAGAAGCACACACAACAAAAGCAUCCAGACUCACGCCCUUCGGAAAUUGAUCCUGCUAGGCAAGUUGAUUGGGAGAACUUCCAGCAAUCUUCUGAUAUUGUUGAUGUGCUGAGCACGAUUCAUGCACAAGUUCCUAAUGGAAUUGUUCUGGGAGAUUAUGUCAUUGAGUAUGGGGAUGAUGAAACUGGAGAAGAAUAUGAAGUUUUCAGGCGGGUCAGAAGGCACUGGUGGUCUUUUAUGUUUUUCAGGGGAUUCUCUAGAUCUUCAAGAAGACGAAGAAGAGCAAGGGCAAGGGAAAGAAGAGGCAGUGGAAGGAGGAACAGCAAUCAGGCACAUCUCGAAAGCUUUAACCUCGAGGUUCCCACACAAUCUGUUGACUUGAGAGAAAUCAGAUUUGAUGAAAUUGAUGAUGAAUACAUAGUCACAGGGGCCAUACCUAGUAUUGCAACACCUGGAAGAAUGGCUAGUUUCCAUUACAGGGAUACAAGAUAUGGACGAUAAAUGGUGUACUUGUAGGACCAGCUAUUAAAAAGGAGCAUAGUCUUUAUGUGAUGCAGCGAUCAUGAGAACAUUGUACCUCUGCUCAUUUACAUUUCUUUUCGACCUCUAUCGUUGCUAGGUGCUGCCCUGCCCCCCAGCCUAAACUUCCUGUGCAUAUAAAUUAGCAACAGAACUCUCCAUUGAUCGUUCGCAACAGGUUUCAUGAUUCUAGUUUCAUUUUGUAUAUAUCCAGCACCCAUCUCUAUAGCGAUGUUGGUGAAAACUUCUGUUUUUGGAAAAUGCUGGAAAAAUGCUGCUUGGAUGUAGCAGACUUCAUAGGACAUUCCCAGAACAAGAUUGAGUUCAUUCCCAGUGGUU